GAGCCCAUCGCCGUUGUUGGGAGCGGUUGCCGCUUCCCGGGGGGUGCGAGUUCACCCUCCUCUUUGUGGAAGCUCCUCGAGAAACCCAGAGACGUCUCCAAGGCGAUCCCCGACGAGAGAUUCGAGCUGAAGGGCUACUAUCACCCCAAGGGCUCGCACCAUGGGACGACAAACGUCCAGAGGGCGUACAUGUUGGACGAGGAUGUGCGUCGGUUUGAUGGCACUUUUUUCAACAUCAGCCCAAACGAGGCCGAUGCGAUAGACCCUCAGCAGAGACUGUUGAUGGAAGUGGUCUACGAGGCUCUCGAGGCCGGCGGCCAUACCAUCGAGAAGCUACGCGGCUCAGACACUGCCGUGAUGGUCGGCACCAUGUCGGUUGACUAUAACGAUAUACUGAUUCGAGACAUGGAGAGCAUGCCUACCUAUUUUUCUACUGGCACAUCGCGGGCCAUUCUCGCCAAUCGAAUUUCGUACUUCUUCGACUGGCAUGGCCCCUCCAUGACAAUUGACACGGCGUGCUCUUCCAGCAUGGUGGCUCUCCAUCAGAGCGUCCGGGCUCUGCGUGGCGGCGAGUCGCGUGUGGCCAUUGCAGGUGGAACGGAGCUGUUGCUCGGACCCGAGCAAUUCGUGGGAGAGAGCAAGAUGAGCCUGUUGUCUCCGACUGGCCGUUCAAGGAUGUGGAGUGCGGAUGCAGAUGGGUAUGCCAGAGGAGAUGGCAUCGCGGCCCUAGUCCUGAAAAGGCUGAGCGAUGCUAUUGCCGAUGGUGACCAUAUCGAGUGUCUCAUCCGGGAGACCGGAGUGAACCAGGAUGGCAAGUCAACAGGGUUGACAGUCCCCAGCACAGAAGCACAGGCGGCUCUGAUCAAAGCCACUUACGCUCGGGCUGGUCUCGAUACAUCGAACCCACGCGAUCGGCCGCAGUUCUUUGAAGCUCAUGGCACUGGUACCAAGGCUGGUGAUCCCCGAGAGGCUGCCGCAAUCAAGGAGUGUUUCGGCGGUCAACAAGCAAGCGAGGGCAAUCCUCUCUAUGUUGGGUCUAUCAAGACCAUCAUUGGGCACACCGAAGGUACCGCUGGACUGGCGGGUGUGCUGAAAGCCUCUCAGGCACUUCGGCAUGGAAUUAUCCCGCCGAACAUGCUCCUUACGCGGUUGAAUCCGGACGUCGAGCAGUACUGCGAUAAUCUAGCCGUACCAACAAAAGCGAUAGCAUGGCCUACGCUGCCUGAUGGGGUGCCGCGACGUGCGAGUGUCAACAGUUUUGGUUUCGGAGGCACAAAUGGACAUGCCAUCCUGGAAAGCUAUGUUGCCGACACGCCGUCGACAACGAUCACCGCGGGCGAGAACCACCUCACGCUCACUCCCUUCGUAUUUUCUGCAGCCACUGAGGAUUCGCUGGUAUCGGUGUUGCAGAAAUACUCUGACUUCCUGAAAACAGACCAAGGCAGAAGCAUUGAUCUUCACGACCUGGGCUGGACCCUCCAGUCGCGGAGAUCUGCCUUGCCGUUCAAGAAGUCCUUUUCAGCUUUAAGCCCAGAGGCUCUGGCGUUUAAGAUCGACAAGGCGCUGGAGUUGGCUAAAGGAGGAGCAGCAGCCUCUGGCACGAGUGUGGGCACUCGAUCGGCAACCCAGGGUGCCAAACCACAGCUCCUUGGCGUAUUCACAGGGCAGGGAGCCCAGUGGCCCACUAUGGGCGCCGGCUUGCUCGCCUCGCCUGUGGUGCAGGACAAGAUCAAACAACUCGACGAAUCCCUUGCCACACUUCCUGAGCCAGACCGUCCAUCGUGGAAGAUUGCCGACGAGCUCUGCGCGGGCAAGGAGCAGUCUCGUCUCAAGGAGGCUGCUCUUGCGCAGCCGCUCUGCACUGCCCUCCAGGUCGUUCUCGUGGACCUGCUGCGCAGCGCUGGCGUGACCUUCACGGCGGUCGUCGGUCACUCUUCUGGUGAGAUUGCUGCAGCGUAUGCCGCAGGAUUCAUCUCUGCGAAGGAUGCUAUUCGAAUCGCGUACUACAGAGGUGUGCACGCCAAAAGCUCUCGUGGCCCCCAGGGGCAGAAGGGUUCCAUGAUGGCCGUCGGGACGAGCUUCGAGGAUGCACAGGAGCUUCUCGACCUGCCGGCAUUCAAGGGCCGCGUGAAGAUUGCCGCGCAAAAUUCGGCUGCCAGCCUCACACUCUCAGGCGACGCGGACGGCAUUGCCCACGCCAAGAGGGUCUUUGACGAGGAGAAGAAGUUUGCCCGCGCUCUUCUUGUUGACACGGCCUACCACUCUCAUCACAUGCUGCCCUGCUGUGAGCCGUACAUGGAGUCCCUGCGCGCCUGUGACAUCAAGGUCAACACAGACCGCUCUGAUACAUCUUGCGCCUGGUACUCCAGUGUGCGAGGAGGCGAGCUGAUGGGUCCCUCGGAAGACCUCAGUGCCUCUUACUGGAGAGACAACAUGUUGCAGGCGGUUUUGUUCAUGGACGCGGUCAAGGGCGCGGUGAGCAGCCAUGACAACCUCAAUUUUUGCGUCGAAGUCGGUCCUCACCCGGCACUGAAGGGUCCAGCGCAACAAAAUAUUUCGGAUGCUCGCCCCUCGACGCUUGCAUAUACGGGUGUCUUGAGUAGGGGUGUUAACGAUGCUGAGGCCUUCGCAGACGGGCUUGGAUCUUUGUGGACAAUGUUUGGACCAGGCGCCAUUGAUUUCACAUCACUGCAGAGGCUGGUCUCGCCAGGUUACUCUCCCAAGUUGGCGGUGGGCCUCCCGAGCUAUGCAUGGAAUCACAGCCGUGUUCACUGGCACGAGUCACGUAUCACUAGGAAGACCAUGCUCCGGGGUGCCGCUUUCCAUGAGCUUCUGGGCGUCCCUUCGCCUAACAAUACAGACCGCGAGUUCCGAUGGCGAAACUUUCUCCGGGCAGAUGAGAUUCCUUGGCUGGACGGGCAUCAGCUGCAGGGGCAGACCGUUUUCCCUGCGGCGGGAUACGUGUCCAUGGCCCUGGAAGCUGCCAAGGAGCUCAUUCGUGCUGCUGGCGGUAGCAGGCCCGUGAAGGUCCUCGAGGUGCACGAUCUGACCAUUGGCAAGGCUAUUGCCUUCGAUGAGGCUACCAGCUCUGCCCCUGAGACGCUUGUGAGCCUGACCGCGACGGGAACAGGACGUGCCGACGACGGCAGUGCUGCGACGACACAGACGGCUCUCUUUUCAGUGUAUUCAUGCCCUAAUAGUACGGAGUCGGCAGCAAUGGAGCUGGUGUCAAGCGGGAAAGUUCGGAUCGUCUAUGGCACGCCUUCCUUUUCGACGCUGUCGUCUUCGCCACUGGAUGACUCCAAGAUGACGGAAAUUGAUUCGGACCGCUUCUACGCGUCGCUCGAUGGGCUUGGAUACGGAUACAACGGGCCUUUCAGAACCAUGUCGUCUAUGAAGAGAAGGCUGGAUCAGGCCUCCGCAAAAGUAGCCACGUAUGGAUAUGGCGACGACGAUGAUGAUGUUCUGACUGUCCAUCCCAGCAUGCUGGACGUUGCUUUUCAGGCAUCCUUUCUGGCUCAGUCGAGUCCAGGUGACGAGCAGCUAUGGUCGCUACAUGUGCCCACGUCCAUCGGAUGCAUUCGGGUCAACCCCGAGCUUUGUGCGUCACUGCCGACCUCGCCUACCGACCUGCCCGUCUCGGCCAUUCUACAUGCUUCCGAGUCCAUCUCGAUGAUAAGCAGUGUCGAUAUAUUUAGCGAAGAUGGUCAAAACACCCUCUUGCAGGUCGAGAACCUCGAGAUGAGACCGUUUUCGCAUGCCACCGCUGCCGACGACCGCCCUAUGUUCUCGACGACUCAAUUCGGAAUUGCUGCUCCAGACGCAAGUAUAGCAGCAGCCGAAGUCGAGCGGCCCUCGCCAGAUGAAAAUGAUCUCGCGCAGACUUUGGACCGAGUGGCUUGCUACUACCUGAGACAAUGGAAGCUCGAGAUGACCAGCGGUAAAUGGCUCGAGAAGGGUGACGAACUGUGCCAGCAGCUUCGAGACACGGCCACGAGGUUGCUCAACAGGCUUGACAGCAGGCCCAAUGUUUCUGUGAUAAUGAGCAAAUGGGCCGGAGACGAGCACGAGCAAAUUCAGGCUCUCCUCGACAGGUUCUCGGAGCAAGUCGAUCUCAAAAUUAUCAAGACUGUCGGAGAGAGUGUGUCGGCUAUCCUGCGAGGUGAUCUUGACGUGUCUGACUUCAGGAAGCACGAACUCCUCGACCUAUUGUACUCGGAAGGUCUCGGGUUUUCCCAGUCCAACACGGUGACGGCCAAGACAGUGCAACAGAUUAUGCAUCGGUAUCCCCAUGCCAAGGUGCUGGAGAUUGAUACCCGGAUAGGACACGCUACUCGGCCUAUUGUGUCAACAGCUGGGACCACCUUCUCCUCGUACACUUGCACCGACCUGUCUGCAGAAGCCGUCGAGAAGACCCAGCAGUCGCUUGCAGCCCUCUGCCAGAAGAUGGUGUUCAAGUCUUUUGACCCGACCAAGGCUCCGUCGUCCCAGGGGUUCGAGAAUCACUCAUUUGAUAUUAUCAUUGCGUCUAACACCCUGCUGGGAGGCGGGCCGUUUCUUGAAAAGGGUCUUCAGAACACUCGUCAGCUUCUGCGACCUGGUGGAUACCUCAUAGCGUCAGGCUUGUCCCAUUAUGACUCCAUCCGCAUGAACCUGUUGCUUGGUGUCCUCAGUGACGGGUUUGUCGACGACAAGGAGGAAUCUCUUCUUAAGAAAAGUAUCACACAGAGAACAGCGACAUGGCACAGUGCGCUGCGCAACUCUGGGUUCGCAGGGAUUGAUACAGCCACUCCAACAGGUUUCGUUGGUGAAGGCGCGUGGCCCCUCUCGGUAGUGGUCGCCCAGGCAGUGGAUGACCGAGUCAACUUCCUGCGAAAGCCCCUGGGAAGGUCUGGCAUGGUGCAUCUCAGCGAGGUUGUGAUCCUUGGGGGAACUUCUCUCCAGACGUCUGGCAUCGCAGAAGAUCUGUGCGAGAUGUUGCACGGCAUCAGCGACAAGGUUACCCUCCUCCAAGGACUGCCCAUUGACGAGCACGACAUCCAGCCCAUGACCACUUUCAUCAACCUGCUGGAUCUGGAUGAUCCCAUCUUCCGGGAUCUCACCGAGUCGACCAUGGAAGGCCUCAAAUGUCUUUUUGAGCUCGCCAGUAACAUUCUGUGGGUCACUGAGGGCGCAAGGACGAAAGAACCCUAUCACAGCGCGAGCAUCGGAUUUGGGCGAUCCAUCGCAUAUGAGAUGCCACACUUGUCCCUCCAAUUCCUGGACAUGGACACUGUUGGAGAGCAUGCCGCCUCUCUCAUCGCCAAGGCCGUCCUCCGCCUGGCAGCGGUGGACCAGUGGGAGAGCAGUGGCACAUCGAAGACGAGCUUCUUAUGGUCCAAAGAGCCCGAGCUAUAUGUCGAGGGUGGCCGCAUUCUGGUUCCUCGUAUCCUUCCUGACCGAGAUCAGAAUGCGAGAAUCAAUUCACUUCGCCGGCGUGUGACCAAAACCGCUGACCUGCAGAAUACGACGGUAUUCGUAGCCGAAACUGCGGAUGGGUCGCCUGCACUGGAGGAGGAGGAGCAAGGAUUACAUCGCCUCCUGCCAGAACGGCCUGGUUCCGCUACGAAAGUGAGCCAUUCGACGUUGUCUGCCAUUGCUUUGCCUGGCGACGGAUCUCUCUUCGUUGCUCUGGGCAAGGACGUCACAACCGGCGACACCGUGGUCACUCUCAGCGACGUCAACGCGUCCAAGCUGGUCGGACUCGCAAGUGUGGUUGUGUCAGAGUUCGUUACUCCGACGGUACAGGCACCCGUCCUUCUUGCUGCAAUCGCAGUCGAGCUCACGGCAGCCUCUAUCGUCUCCAGACUUCCCGCAAACAGCCAUCUGCUCGUACAUGAGCCUGGUAGUAUUAUGAGUACGCUCGCCGCUGCUCUCUGUCGGCAGGCGGCUGCUAAGAGCAACAACACCCGCGUCACCUUUAGCACAGAAGACUCUGUCCCAGACGACGCUGAGCCAGACUCGGUGAUUCAAGUCCGCGCUUGGAGCUCCAGACAUGUGAUCAUGCAGCUGCUCCCGACGGAUGUGACUCACUUCCUUGACCUAGGAAACAAGGGGGAGGGUGUCGUCGGUUCCAUCAUCCGGGACUGUCUCCCACUUCGAUGCAGGCAGAUGGAUGCUUCACACGUGAUCCGCCGCCAGGCUGAGGUACCGCCCGCACCUGUGGACUAUGCCUUUGUUUCCAAGGUCCUCCAAGAAGCAGUGCACCGCGCGCGGACGAACCUCCUCCCUGCACCAGGCGCAACAGUGACGACAACGAGUUCCCCUCAGGUCAUCCGCCCUAGUGAAAUACGUGACGCCGCCUCCUCUGCGGGCAAGGGUAAAAUCAUGGGUGUUAUCGACUGGACGUCAGAGUCUUCGGUUCCUGUCCAAGUUCGACCCGUCCGUGCUGAUCGCCUAUUCUCCAGGGACAAGACCUAUGUUCUUGUCGGCCUUGCUGGGCAGCUUGGGCAGUCCCUGUGCGAGUGGAUGUCACGCAACGGAGCGGGCCAUGUGUGUCUGACCAGUCGAAACCCCAAACAAGAUCCGAAGUGGCAGGCCUCCUUACAGAAAGCUGGCACGACGGUGAAGUUCUUUGCAAUGGACGUGACAGACGAGAAAGACGUGAGCAAGGUAAUUAACGACAUUCGGGCAUCAUGUCCACCCAUCGCUGGUGUGGCAAAUGGCGCUGCGCUGUUUCAUGACGCGCCGUUCACGCAAAUGACUCUCGAGAUGAUGACCAGCGUCACGAGGCCCAAGAUAGAGGGAACCAGAAACCUGGACCAAGUCUUUGGCGCCGACAGCCUGGACUUUUUCAUUGUCUUCUCUUCUCUCACCUCCGUGAUCGGUAACAGUGGGCAGUCCAAUUACACGGCAGCGAACGCGUACAUGUCUGGUUUGAUCGGACAGCGCAAGAGUCGUGGUCUAGCCGGUGCUUGCCUCGACAUUGGACGCAUCGCCGGAAUCGGCUUCAUGGAGCGCGCGGGUGACACUGCGCGGGAGCAACUCAUCCGAUACGGCUUCAUGGCGAUUUCCGAGAAGGACGUCCAUGAGCUGUUCGCCGAGGCCGUUCUUGCCGGUGUGCCGGGCUCUAGGCGGAACCCAAUCGUCACCACCGGAUGCAUUACGGUGCGCUCUGGUGAGGAAGAAUCAGAAGAACAACGAGUGCAGUGGUUUGAUGACCCUCGCUUCUCGCACAAGGUCAUCAUAGACGAGGCUCACGACAGCGACGCCAAAGGGACGGCUGGACGUAGGAGCGCUCUCCCUGCCCGCGAACAACUUGCCACCGCUACUACAAAGGAUGAGGCCAUCCAAAUCCUGGAGGACUGUUUCGCCGCCAAGCUGGCCGUCAUCUCACGGCUGGGGGACCCCGCCGGGGUCAGCCACGAGGUACCCCUCUCGGAGCUCGGGAUCGACUCCUUGGUCGCGGUCGAGGUCCGCAGCUGGUUCUUGAAGGAAGUCAAGGUGGAUAUGCCCGUCCUCAAGGUGCUCGGAGGGGGCUCGAUUUCCGACCUCUGCCAACAAGCAGCAGAGAAAUUGCCGCAGGAUCUCCUCCCAAACCUCGGAAACAAGCCCAACUCUUCGUCACCAGCCAAAUCGGGGCCAGCAGAGGCCAAGACCACCUCAACGCCUUCUCCAGCAAAGCCAGGCCCAGCAGCAGCACCGCCAACAGCGGCGUCCAAGAACCCUCCCUCGUCCGAAUCCGAAGCCGGAAGCAGCAGCAGCGAGAGCAGGCCCGAGUCCAUUUUGGCCUCGUCUGUAGAAGGAUCUCCAAGGGCUUCUGACAUGGAGACUGCUCUGGUGUCUUUCCCGCAAUCCCGCUUCUGGUUCCUGCAACAUCUGGUCCAGGACCAAACCACGUUCAACGUCACCUUCUUCUACCGCAUUACCGGGGCCCUGCGAACUGGUGACCUAGAAAGGGCAGUGCGUCUCGUCACCAACAGGCACGAGUCCCUGAGGACUGCCUUCGUCGCCGACAACAAGGAUGCAGACGUGGCCUGGCAGGAAGUGCUCCCUCGCUCUUUUAUCCGCCUCGAACGGCAGCAGAUCAACAGCGUUGAGGACGUGCAGACUAUCUACGCUGCUAUGAAAGCCAUCCCAUUCGACCUGGCCAGCGGUAACCUGCUCCGCUUGAUCCUGCUAGUCCUGUCUCCUACCGAGCAUUAUCUCCUAGUCAACUACCACCAUAUCCUGAUGGACGGCGUCAGCCUGCAGAACUUUUUGGCGGAUCUUGAGAAGGCUUACCAGCGGCAGUCUCUCGGCUCAGCCCCUUACCAGCUGCCAGACCUGGCCACGAGGCAACGCGCUGCUUUUGCGAACGGAGAAAUGGACGAGGACAUUGCGUACUGGAAAGCGGUGUUCCCAGACGGACACCCUCCUGUGCUGCCGCUUCUCCCAAUGGCCCAACGCAGUAAUCGUCUGCCUAUGGCCCGCUUCCAGGUUCACCAGGUCGAAACCAGGCUUAGCUCUGACCUGGCAGCCCGCCUCAGAGACGUGUCCAAGGCCUGUCGCUCGACCACUUUCCACGUCUACCUGGCAGUGUUCAAGGCCAUGCUGUUCCGCUUCACAGAUGCUGAAGAUCUGACGAUUGGCAUCGCUGAUGCGAACAGGAAUGACAGUGACAGCAUGGGCACCAUCGGGCUAAUUCUCAACCUCCUCACGCUGCGGUUCCAGCGCGACCUUAGCCAACCCUUCAGCGACUGCGUUGCUGAGGCGCGGGCCAAAGCCUACGAGGCCCUAGCCCACUCGCGUGUGCCAUUCGAUGUUCUCCUGGCCGAACUUAACGUGCCCCGGUCGGCCGCAUACAGCCCCUUCUUCCAGGCCUUCUUCGACUACCGCCAGGGCCAACAGGAGGUCAUGCAGUUUGCCAACACCAAAUGGGAGUUUCUGGACCUACACCCGGGCCAAACUGCAUACGACAUGACCCUUGAUGUAACUGACAGCCCAGACAGCGGCGCCCGCAUCUUGUUCCGGACACAGGCGGCUCUCUAUGACGCGACGGUGGCGCAGUUGCUCCUGAACACCUAUGUCCACCUGCUGGAGACGUUUGUCGGCGAUGCGUCGCUGCAGCUGAAGGACCCGCCUCUGUUCAGUGACAAGGAGUGCACACGCGCUCUUGCUGUAGGGAGAGGAUGGGACCUGGUGUCCUCCUGGCCCGGCGGUACGCUGCCUCACAGGAUUGAUCAGGUGGCUCAGGAGAACAGCGACAAGGUGGCCCUCAAGGAUGGCCAUGGCAGGGUUCUGUCAUACGCCGCUAUGUCGGACCGGACCCAGGCGAUUGCUGAAGCCCUGCAGCAGUCUGGUGUUGGUACCGGAUCGAGGGUUCUGGUCUUUGAAGACGCGACGGCCGACUGGCCAUGCUCCAUGCUGGCCAUUAUGCGUGUCGGCGGUGUCUAUAUUCCACUCGACCUCCGCAACCCGCUCCCACGGCUAGCAGAUGUUGCAGGGGCGUGUGCUCCGGCUGUCAUCUUGGUUGAUGACAGUACUGUUGGCAAUGCUGCCGAGAUAAACGUUACUGGAGCCAAGAUUGUCAAUGUGUCAACCAUCGGAACCAGUCCUUCUGCCCCUGUCGCCAACUCGGCGAAACCUGAGGAUGUGGCUGCGAUUCUCUUCACUAGUGGCUCGACUGGCAAGCCCAAGGGCAUCGUCGUCAAGCACUCGGGUCUUCGCAACGAGAUAGAAGGCUACAUAACCCAAUGGGGCCACAAGGCGGAAUGCGCCCUCCAGCAGAGUGCCUUCACAUUUAAUCACUCGUCAGACCAGAUGUAUACAGGUCUCGUGAACGGCGGCUCCGUUGUGAUCGUACCCUGGAGCAAGCGAGGCGAUCCAGUGGAAGUGACCAAGAUCAUUCGCGAGGAGGGCAUCACAUAUACCAAAGCUACCCCUGCAGAAUAUUCUCUCUGGCUUGAGCACGGCCGUGACAACCUCAAGCAGGCCUCGCAGUGGCGCUUCGCUUUUGGCGGCGGAGAGCCCCUCACAGAGACCCUUCUCCGGCAGAUUGCUUCGCUGCAGCUUCCUAACCUGCGAUUUUUCAACUCGUACGGGCCGACCGAGAUCUCCAUCUCUUCCACCAAGGCAGAGAUUCCAUACCGCGACGAGUCGUUCCCCGUUCGCAUUCCCUGUGGCUACUCCCUGCCCAACUAUGUCGCCUACAUCCUCGAUGAAGGCCGCAAGCCUGUCCCCGUCGGCAUGCCUGGCGAACUAUGGAUCGGCGGCGCCGGCGUGUCUCUGGGUUAUCUGAACAAUAAAGAGCUGACAGACCAACACUUCUUGCCAGAUCCGUACGCAACACCUGAGUACGUGGCGCAGGGGUGGACUAGAAUGUACCGCACCGGCGAUAUCGCCCAUCUGCAGGAAGACGGAGCUAUGGUGUUCCACAAUCGGAUUGCGGGGGAUACCCAGGUGAAGCUGCGCGGGCUGCGCAUCGAGCUGGGCGAUAUCGAGAGCAACAUCGUUAGGGAGGCUGGCGGCGCGCUCAAGGAGGCUGUCGUCACGCUGCGUGAGGGUGAUCCGCAACUCUUGGUGUCGCACGUUGUCUUUGCGCCGCAGCACGGUAUUGCCGACACCGCAGGCUUCCUCCGCCAGCUGCUGAGACACCUUCCAGUGCCCCAGUACAUGGUGCCCGUGGUGGCCAUCCCGCUGGACCGUAUGCCGCUAAACAAUCACUCCAAGGUAGACCGCAAGGCACUCAAGGCCAUGCCACUGCCAGCCCGCAUCGAGAUAGGUGGUGACGGCCAAGAGGACGGAACGGGGCGGGACGGGGAUGCAGCAGCAGCAGGAGAGCUUUCCGAAACCAUGGUCCAGCUCCGGCGGCUGUGGGAACAGGCCCUGCGGACCAAGGAGACGGGCCUUGAGCUGGCCAUCACUCCUUCAACCGACUUCUUCACCAUCGGCGGCAACUCACUGCUUGUUGUGAGGCUGCAAGCCCGCAUCCGCCAGGUCUUGAAGGUCACAGUACCCCUGGUCGAACUCCUCGGCGCCAGCACCCUGUCUGGGAUGGCACAGCUUCUCGAGCAGAGGCCCCACGUCGGGAGCAUCAACUGGGAGGAGGAGACCGCCAUCGGCAGCGACAGUAUUCCCACUAUUCCCAACCCCGCCCCCAUCCACAACAACAACAAGGUCAUCCUCGUCACUGGCGCUGGCGGAUUCCUCGGGAAGCACAUCCUAGCACGGCUGGUCGCGAGCCCAUCCAUUGCCCGGAUCCACUGCAUCGGCCUGCGAGACAAGCCCGCAGGGCAGCCCCGCGUGCUCGAUAGUAUGGUGGCCUCCUCUCCCAAGAUCAUCACGCACAAGGGCGACCUCUCUGAGCCAUGGCUGGGUCUGGGCUCCGAGGCGGCCUUUGUGGCGCUGGCCGGCGAGGUCGAUGGCAUUCUGCACCUGGCAGCAGUCCGGUCCUUCUGGGAUAACUACCACGUCCUGCGGCCCAGCAACGUCGAGCCCACGCGGCAGCUGGUGCGUCUGGCGGCCGCCCGCCGCGUGCCCCUGCACUACAUCUCCACCGCCGGGGUUGUGAUUGCGACCACCGCCCAAGAUGGGACCGUAGGGCCGGCCAGGUCAGCAGACGCAUACAAGCCGGCUUCCGAUGGCUCCGACGGCUAUGUGGCGAGCCGUUGGGUGUGCGAGCAGAUGUUGGAGAAAGCCUCGCGGGAUUUGGGACUGCCCGUCUCCGUCCACCGC